CGUACUGCUGUGUCUGCUGCCUGUAGCUCUCAGUGUAACUCCUGGUUAUUCCUGGAAUCCACCAGACUACACACAAAGCAGGAAAGACAGCUAUCUAAAGUGUUACGACCAGGCGUCUUGUGGCUGUUGUCUGAUGCAGAGACAAAUGAACAGGACGGAGACGUACUUUAACAAGAGCGUGGAAGGAAUGCACAGGUUGCUUAGUGAAUCCAAGAAGAAACUCACUGACAUGAGAGCCAGUCGCAGUGCCUUCUCUGUGGCUCUGAACAAUGACAGCGCUUUGACCUGCUUCGGUCCUUUCAAUGAAGACAGGCUCAUCGUCUACAAACACGUCUUCCUCAACCUGGGAGGCGGCUACAUGGUGAGCACAGGCGUGUUCACUGCUCCCCUAUCUGGUGUCUACAGCUUCGCCCUCACCAUCUACGGUAAAGCUCCCAACAACAACACCUUGGCCGUCUGCGCCAGCCUGCGAGUUAAUGGCACAGUGGUGACAGGACCCACUGAAAAAGGCAUGUAUGACCGAGAGGACAGCGCCACCACCGUCGUGGCCGUUAAGCUGAAGGCUGGGGACGAGGUGGACGUCGUCCUGCCUGCAGGGUGUUUCGUCUGCGACAACAGCAGCCACUUUAAUACUUUCACCGGCUUCCUGCUGUAUGCUACUGAUCACAAACACCACACCGCUGUGGCAUAACUGCUCUGUGCUUUGUACUAUCUUCUGCCUUUUUUGAAAAGAUUUAAGUCUGUUCGAUGAAAUCUUUCCGUGGCAGCAUCAGUGGCUUUAGCUCAUGAUCCGUUGUACUCCCAUAGUUUAUUCUUCCCAGUAGUGAUUGAGAUUCAGUUUUGAGGAAUCAUUUGUAAUGCAUCUUCUCUGAAUUCAGCUGGUACAUUUUGUGAGCUUUCUGUCUUUUGUGUUUAAUUUUCUUGACUGUGUCAGUUGCUGACUAACAAAAUAAAUGAUGUGAUCACUUCAGCCUACCGACAAAAUAAACUAGAUUCUUAAUCAAACA